GGUUCAGGGUGCCGGAAGUGGGUAUUAUUGCAGGGUCGCAUGAAACAGGCAUUAUAAAAGUGUUGCAUGAAAAACACAUUUUAUAAAUAAAGGGAUGCCUGUGAGGGCAUUACAGUGCUGAAAAAAGGCUAAAAACUCUAAAGUAACAAACAUGCUGGAACAGAAACUGAGGAACUAAGCAGAUCAAUCAGUUUCAGAAUAAGUUUAAGGUCAGUAUUUAGACCCUUCUGACUUUCACGUAAGCUCUUGUACGGGAACAGGAAGACUCUUCUGACUGUGCCUAGCACCAUCACAGCAAAAUCUUCUGAGGUGGUUUGGGUUUCCUGGACAUACAAGUGCCAUGUGACUUCAAGAAGCUGCACAAAAAGAAACAAAAAGAAUAGCUAGUUAAAGAAAAGAGAAGUAAGAGGAAUACAACCAUUCAGCUUUUAGCUCUGGAGAGUCAUGGAGAAUAUGUGGAUGUUGGGAGCCGUGCUGGUUCUGGCUGUCUGUCUCACCUCAGGAGAAGCGGUCAGAAUGUCUUACAAAACAACUUCUGAAAAUCUUGAAGGUUCCAGGAAUGAGAGUGUUGAAGUGGGCACCAACAUAACUUUACUCUGUACCAAUAAAAAGGUAGCAUGGGAUGAGAUGAUUUAUGUAAUCUGGAAAAUCUACUCACAAGAGAGGAACUGUACAAUCUCUAUGGCCUCAAAUGACGCUGCCUAUGAUGACUGUAAUGAUGGAAAGUGGAUCAGUGAAAGUGAAAACUACAGCCUGAUCUGCCCUCAUUUUUCAAUCCAAAAUGAAGGCCAUUACAUCUGUGACAUGUCUUACCAAGUCGGGGGCUAUAUGGAAUCAAUUCUUGUGUCUUCAUAUGUCCAUCCGACACUGACUGGCUGGCUGGAAAAGGAUGAAGAUGGUCAAACUUUUGCCGUCUGUGAAGCACAGAGUAAACCUGCAGCUUCCAUUUACUGGGAAUCCCAGUGGAACGUCUCCUCACUCAGAACGAGCUCAUCUAAAAACGACAGUGGACUUUUCACAGUGACGAGCCGUUUACAGCUUCCUCAUGAUGCAUCUUACAACAAUCUGACCUGUGUGGUCUCUGCCAGCCCCUCCAACUACUGGAAAGAGGUUCAAUUCAACACCUUCCAGUGUUCGGUCUCUUUUCAGGUUAUUGAGCGCUCUUUAAUUUGUCUUGGUAUUUUUGCCUUUUUCAUCGUAAAGCUUCUGAUCAUCCUUGGCCUAGUUUUGUUCAUUAAACAAUGCUGCCAGCACAUCUGAAAUCUCAACACCAAGGGAAGAGAACAACCCCAAAGAAUAUGAAGAAGAGGAAAAGCGAAAAGUGGCUUGUAUGUGAAUGUUGACCAACUUAUGACCUGAUUUAGACCUGAGAUUUAAGACUUACAAAAGUGCAGUGUUUAAAGGAAGUGGAGAAGUGACUCAAAAAGGGAUGUGAACUUCCUGCAGGUCUGGAUAGCAGGGCCAUUUCUCAUUACAGAGGACACAAGUUUGGUCUUUCGUACUUGGUCACUAUGGACUUGGAAAGUUGGACUUUCAGGAGUGCAUACUCCUGAGGAUGGGAGGACUCUGGACUUUUUUGACUUUCUUAACAAACAAACUACAUAUCUGAUGUCUAAACCACUACAUUCUCUCCUAAAAAUAACUUCAAACUUUAUUUUUUCACACAGCAGUACUGUUUUAAAAACGUAUUAAAACUAACAAGUAUGUACUUUUUUUGGGCUACUUUUAAAAAUUACAGCGACCGCCAAAACACACACACAAAAAAAGUGGCCGUUGCCUUGGAUGUUACGUCAACCUAGCGGCAAAUGUGAACAAGUCCACACUAAAAUCCAUCUUCCAAGAUUGAUUACAACAAUUAAACCAGGAGAUCAUAGGGACAUAAAGGAGGACAGAGUGAAAAGGAGAGAGAGAGAGAGAUAUACA